AUGAAAUUAAUUUACUCUUUAUUAAUUUUAUUAAUCAUUGCUUUUUCAACUGCAAAAGCACAUAAAAACAAUUGUCCAAAAUCAGCUUAUUUCGAUAUUGCACCUUCAGAUUUAACUCAAUUCAAAGAUUUAUCGCCAGAUGAUCAACAAUUCCAUGCAAAAUAUAUGAGAAUUGCAAUUAAUGUUGCUGUUGAGAAUAAUUCUAAAUUUGGUGCUGCUAUUGUUCACAAAAACGGUACUUUAAUGUGUACUGGUGCCAACACUGGUGGUUCAAGAAUGUAUCAUGGUGAAGUUAAAGCCAUCAUGAAUUGCACUGAUCUCUAUGGUAAAGCUACUUGGGAAGAUCAUUAUUUGUAUACUACUGGUGAACCAUGUCCAAUGUGCUCAGCAGCUGCCAUGUGGACUAAAUUUGAUAAAGUUAUUUUUGCAUCAUAUGUUUCAGUUAUGUAUUGCGAACGUUGCUUCAAUCAAUUACCAAUGGAUGCCAAUGAAAUCUUCAAAUUAGGUUAUGGUAUUAAUCAUAAUACUGUUUUAAUUGGUGGAGUUUUAGAAAAUAUUACCGAUACAUUUUUCCCAAGUCUUUGUGGUACCAUUGGAGGCUGGAGUGUUGUACCAGUUUGUCAAGAAAACUGGACCAGAGAAUGCCCAAGACCAUCCAGAUACUUUGGUAACACUAAACCAACUAAACCAACUACUCCAACUCCAACCCCAACCCAAACCCCAACUCCAACUCAAACACCAACUCAAACUCCAACUCAAACUCCAACACAAACCCCAACUGAAACCCCAACACAAACACCAACUGAAACCCCAACACAAACACCAACACAAACCCCAACUCAAACACCAAGUCCAACUCCAUCAGCGUGUUCAGCAAAUGUUACCCAAAAGAUUAUUAAUCAAUGGUACAGUAACAAUGUUUACUAUAUUCAAGUUGAUGCUACCAUCAAUAACAAAGGUUCUAAACCAGUAAGAGGUUUCAACUUCCAAUUACAAAACGUUCAAGACAUAUGGAAUGCUGAUCAAACCUCAACCAACAAUUACAAACUCCCAAGUUGGUUAGGUGAAAUCCCUGUAAAUGGUGCUCACCAAUUUGGUUACAUCCAAAGAUCAACAUCACUCACUCCAAUAACUGGCACUCCAUCUUGUUAA